AUGAGUCGACAUUUAGCUUCUGCUUUUUGUUUGGCUUUAGUUUUUCUCCCUCUGAUGAGCAAUGCAUGUCCUGGACAAUGUAGCUGCUUUUUCCACAAAUUGAGCGAUGGAUCGAAAGCAAGGAGUGUACUUUGCAAUGAUCCAGAGAUCACUGUAGUUCCUCCAAACUUCCCCACUGACACAUCCAAGCUACGCAUUGAAAAGACAGCAAUCACAAAGAUUUCUAGUGACAAUUUCCACUACCUCAACAGCUUGGAGUUUCUGUGGAUGUCUUUCAAUUCAUUAAAUUCACUGAAUGGUGAUAGUUUCCGGGGUCUCUACAACCUGGAUGAGCUCAGGCUGGAAGGAAACAGUCUAACUUCCUUUCCCUGGGAGUCUCUGACCGAUAUGCCAAACCUGAGGCUCCUCGACUUACACAACAACAAGAUCUCAAGCAUCCCUCCUGAAUCGACCAUGUACAUAAAAAAUAUCACCUAUCUGGAUUUAUCCAGCAACAGUCUGACGACCGUUCCUGCUGAUGUUCUCUCAAUGUGGCUGACUGUGAAGCCAUCUCAGGACACAGAUUCCAAACUAAUUCUCGGUCUCCAUGACAACCCAUGGCUGUGUGACUGCCGGCUUCAUGAUCUGGUCCAGUUUCAGAAGUCCCCAUCGUCAUCUGUAGCUCUAAUUGACACCAGGCUGAGGUGUGCUGAUCCGGAGAGCCUUUCGGGGGUGCUUUUCGUUGAAGCAGAGCUGCAGAGGUGCCAGGGCCCUCGGGUGCACACGGCUGUGGCUCGUGUUCGGAGCUCACUGGGCAACAACGUUCUGCUGCGCUGUGGCACAGUUGGUGUCCCCAUCCCCGAGCUGUCCUGGAGCCGUGCUGAUGGCAAGAAAAUGAAUGGCACUGUUCAAGAAGAGAUUUCAAAGGAGGGCAUCAUUUGGUCAAUUCUGAGUGUGCCAGCAGUCUCUUACAGGGAUUCUGGAAAGUACGUGUGCAAAGCAACCAACUUUGUGGGCACUGCAGACGCCAUCAUCUCUUUGGUGAUCACAGAUUCCAUUCGUUCAGAGGAAACAGGAGGAGGUGUUUCUAAAAGAACCAGAGGGAAGAAACCUGGUGGCAUUGGCAGGGCAGCAUACCAGGAGAAACUUAUUGCCAGAUAUGUUCCUCCACCAACUGCCACGGCUGCUCAGCCCAUUAUCGAGCCUAUCAAUGGCAAAGGCGUCACGGGGAAGUAUGAGAUAGAAAGCUACAGCAUUUCUGAUGACACUUCUCAGGGAGGAGGCAAAACGUCAGACCUUCAGAAGUCGGUGGAGGUGGAUGCUUUGAGUAACUUAGCAGCCAAUGCUUCAUCCUUACAGCAAGCUCCAGAGAAAAGGAUAGUGCGCUCAGUGAAGGUAAUUGGAGACACCGACCAUACUGUGUCUCUGAACUGGCGAGCCCCCUCAGCCACAAACACCACAGAAUUCAGUGUCCUGUAUGCUGUAUUUGGUGAGAGGGACAUGCGGCGGAUAAAUGUAGGUGCCGGAAAAAACAGAAUCACCAUUGAUGGCCUGGUGCCAAAGACAAAGUACAUUGCUUGUGUUUGCGUCAAAGGCCUGAUCCCAAAAAAGGAGCAAUGUGUAAUCUUCUCAACAGACGAGGCAGCCAGUGCCAGUGGAACUCAGAAGCUUAUUAAUGUAGUGGUGAUAACGGUGGCUUGUGUGAUUGCUGUCCCCCUGACACUGAUUGUGUGUUGCGGGGCCCUAAAGAAGCGCUGCCAGAAACUCCUGGGAAGGCAGUCGAAAGAAAUACAGGACUCCUACGUCACGUUUGAGACCCUCGGACCCGGGGUCAAAGCUAAAGGGAUGGAGGGCGAGUAUCUGACUAGGCUAAAUCCUGAUGAAUCCAACAGGCUGCUCUCAGCAAGGUCCAGUGUUGACUCAGAGGCCACAGUCAGGACUGAAGGGCCACCUAACGAGUACUUCUGCUAA